CGGGGCGGCGCGGAGGGGCGGGACGGCACGGCACGGGACGGGAGGGGACGGGCCGGGCCGCGGCGCGGGGAGCAGCGGGGAGCGGCCAUGGGGAAGCUGCUGGCGGUGGCUCUCGUCGGGAUCGCGGCAGCCUUGGUGGCCGAGCGGCUGCUGGCCUUUCGGAACAGACUCAAUGCUUCGCGGGAAAUAGCCCCAGUAACCCUCCCGAACUGUCGGCUCAUUAAAGGGAUCGAAGCUGGCUCAGAAGAUAUCGACAUACUUCCCAAUGGACUGGCUUUCAUCAGCUCCGGCUUGAAAUAUCCAGUAUUAAAGAACCCUGAACUGGACAAGCCAGGUGAAAUCUUUUUGAUGGAUUUGAAUGAAGACAAUCCCAAAGCAGUGGAACUGAGAAUCAGCCGAGGGUUUGAUCUGGCAUCAUUUGUCCCUCAUGGAAUCAGCACCUACAUAGACAAAGAUGACACCGUGUACCUCUUUGUUGUGAAUCAUCCCCAUCAGAAGAGUACAGUAGAAUUAUUUAAAUUUGUAGAAGAUGACAAUGCUCUAGUACAUGUGAAAACCAUUCGACAUGACCUCCUGACAAGUGUGAAUGAUGUAGUAGCUGUGGGACCAGACAGCUUCUAUGCUACCAAUGACCACUACUUCUUUGACCAUAUCUUGAUGUUUCUGGAGAUGCUCUUGGGUUUAACUUGGUCAAAUGUUGUUUACUACAGUCCAAAAGAAGUUAAAGAAGUAGCAUCUGGGUUUUAUUCAGCCAAUGGAAUUAACAUUUCACCUGACAGAAAGUACAUCUAUGUUGCAGAUAUAUUUGAUCAUAAUAUCCAUGUUAUGGAAAAACAUGCUAAUUGGAGUUUAACGCAUGUAAAGACGGUGCAGCUGGACACUAUGGUUGACAACUUGUCUAUUGACCCUCACACUGGAGACGUCUGGCUAGGAUGUCAUCCCGAUGGGAUGAAGCUGCUUUACAAUGAUCCUGAAAAUCCACCUGGCUCUGAGGUCCUGCGCAUCCAGAACAUCCUCUCGGAGGAGCCGGUGGUGACGUGCGUCUAUUCCGACAACGGCUCCGUGCUGCAGGGAACCUCGGUGGCAUCCGUCUACGAGGGAAAGCUGCUCAUCGGCACAGUCUUCCACAGAGCUCUCUACUGUGAGCUAUAGCUCGUCUCGGGGGUAAGGGCUGCUGCAAUGGAGAGGAUUUAAUUGCUUGGGAACUCACCUAGUUUCUGCUAGACUUGCUAACAACAAGACUGUUCCAGUAAAGGUUAACUAGAGCCAUGGAAAUGUAUUUUAGCCUUCCUCACCAAAUGAGAAUUUUAUGCAAUAGUAGAGGAAAUGGAAUUGAAGGUGAGAAAUUAGUUUCUUUGUGUAAUGUGGAGGAGCCCAUGUCAGGAACAAAGGGUAACCUUUAAGUUUAAAUUCAAAUUACAAAUGACUGAACCAUCACACAUUGAACUAUCUGUUGCGACUGGAUUUCUGUGUGACAUUUGUGGUUUUCCUUGUGUUUUGUUUUGUUUUGUUUUUUCCCCUGAGAAUACUGAUUUUGUAAAUGAGAAUUGCUAA